ACCUUCCCGCCCGCCCACCUGCCUACGAGGCUGCUCACCCACCCGCCUGUCAUCAAGAUGCAGCUACAGUAUACCCUGCGAAGGUACAAGCGAGGGCGGUUGCUGAGGGCGGUGUGGGUGGCGAGUGUGGGCGUCGUGGGCGUCACAUACAUUCUGAGUUCGGCUCUCUACACCUCGCAGCUUCUUCAGCUCUUGUGCGAGUCAGAGUGCACAAGGCAGGCGCUGGAGGGGUGUUGGAGCCCAGAGAGCAGGGUCCUGGUCAGCCACAUCCGUCGAGCCGUCCUGGACAAGAUGCAGACUCAGGUGGCCGAGCCCAUCACCCGCCAGGAGCUGGAUGACCCGCCCUGGCUGCACCUCGGGGGAUGGAUGUUUGCUGAGGCCGCCAUCCGCCAGGUCUUCACCCACAAGUGGAGGGGGGUGUUCGUGGAGGUGGGGGCGGGAUCAGGGGUGUUCAAGUCCCACACAGCGUGGUUGGAGACGGACCGUGGUUGGUCUGGGCUGCUGGUGGAGCCUCGCCCAGAAGCCUAUGCCCGCCUCAGGCUACGCAGGAAGGCGCUCGCUGCCCGGGCUUGUGUCUCCGACCUGCCCCAUACUAAGAAGGACGUGCUGUGGACACCUGGCCACACCGAGGACCUCCCCGACCUCUACAGGGACAUGGCCCUCUCUAAGUCCACCCUAGAAGCCUACGUGGCCCCGGAGGACAAGACGGGGACGGCGGGGCGGGCGGUGCAGUGCUUCACCCUGGACGCCCUGGCGGCGGCGGCUCUUGGCCUUCAUCGAACCAUCGACCUGGUGGUCCUGGACACCGCCGGCGGGGAGUACAUGGUCCUCAACACCCUCCAGCACCUCAACAUCUUGAGCCUGCUGAUCAAGUACAACACGGAGGUCGACUUCGACAUGAUCGUAGACGCUGCCAAAGGACUCAACCUUCACCAGCAGCACGCGGACGUCCUCCAAAACGAAAAAUAUAUCUUCUUCCUCAAUCCCAAUUCUGGGAUUAAUAUUACUCGAACCUAAAGCCCCUCCUCCCAAGGAGACUGUGGGUGGGGGUGAU